UCACCACAAGGACCUGAAGAAUAUGUAGCCUAGUGGUUACUGUGCUGGCCUGUCGUUUUUCUCUAUUUAUUAGACAUGCAGGUUCGAUUCCUGUAUUUUUUUUUUUUAUUUUUUUUUUAUACAAAGUUUGGUCAUCCAAUUUACAAUGUUUAGCUUAACUUGUUCACAUCAAAUCCAAAUAUUAUAUUUUUUUUCAUUAAGUUUGGUAAUCUAUGUUACACUGUUCAAACAAACUUUAAUUAACAUCAUGUAAAUCUUUUUUAAGCCUGAAGACACUGGCCUUUCAACACUGUCUUGUUGCCUUUGUUCCCACACCAUAAAGAACAUGGAGAAGAUAAGAGAAAUAGUCAUGAAUUGAUUUCAGGAGUGUCAAUUCAUGAAGAUGACAACUUAAAACUUGAGGUUGAAGUUGAGAGAAGAUCUGAGUCUGAGCCAAGACUGCCCAAGAGUGAUAUUGAGGUUUUGUGAAGAUCAUAAAAAAGUACUUUAACAGCAUGCUGAAGAUUGAAGAUGAAAUUUUCACAAUGUGUGUGGUGUAAAAAGUCUAAUAUCAAGCCACAUUUGAGAAGAAAAUUAACAGAUGACACUUUCAGACAGCAUUUAGAGAAAGAACUAAAACAGACAAUUACUAAAGAUUGUAUUAUAUGUGAAAAAUGUAGAACACAUGUCAGAAGGAAGAUAAAAUCAACAGAACCGGAAAACUCUGAUCAGUCAUUCAUAUAUACGAGUCCUAAAAAUAUUGAACUAAAUAUAACAUCAACUUCAUCAACUCAUCGAGUUUGUACUGUUUGUAAGAAAGUGAGUUCAUCACGAAAUCCAUUUAUUGUCAUUCCGAAUGAUGCAAGAAAUCAAGUUUUUAUCUUUCAAGGUGUCAUUAUUCCUGCUGGAAAUCGAUGUUGUGUAAAGCAUUUAUCAUGUAGACUUUUUACCAGGGAAGCACUCAUUCAGAUUGAAGGAAAGAAAGAUUUAACAUGUUUCAACAGAACAGAAAUUAUUAACCUCCUUGCUACUGCCAGAAGUACCCUCAUCAGAUAUGGGACUUUGAAUUUUGAUGACCCUGCAUUUCUUAGUGAUGAUGAAUAUUUUAAACUUACAGGCAUCACAAGAGAUCAAUUUGAUGAUGUUGUGUCACAUACACAGUCUUUGCGUGGCUCAAGUGUUAGAUCAGUCAGAACAUGUGUUGCACUGAUUCUUGUAAAACUCAGGACUGGACUGUCGAACAACCUUCUUGGUACCUUGUUUAAACUUACAAAGUCACAGGUACAGCGAGCAAUUCAUUGUGCAAGGGAAUGUCUCAUGUUACAUUUUGUACCCAAUAAUUUAGGAUUUGGGCAUAUUCAACAUGAUGAGUUUGUGCAAAAUCAUACCACUCCAGUUGCCAAAAAAAUUUUCACCAAUGACAAAGUCAAUGUUGCUAUUCUUGUUUUGGAUGGGACAUAUAUCUACAUUCAGAAAGGGGCUGACCACCAAUUUCAGAAGCUAUCCUACAGCAUGCAUAAGCAUAGACCUUUAGUUAAACCCAUGAUGGUAGUUGGCACCGAUGGAUAUAUUCUUAGUGUGCUUGGUCCAUAUGCAGCUGAUGGGAAGAAUAAUGAUGCAUCCAUAACUAAACAUAUGCUUUCAACAAAUUCUGAUGAUAUUAACAAUUGGUUGGAAGCAGAUGAUGUUUUCAUUGUGGAUAGAGGCUUUAGAGACUCAAUAACCUUUCUUGAAAAACAUGGUUUUCAUGUAGAAAUGCCAGCUUACCUGGAAAAGGGGAAAAGACAACAUGAAGUAGAAGAUGCUAAUGUAUCAAGACUAAUUACUAAAGUGCGGUGGGUUGUUGAAUCGUGCAACGGAAGAAUUAAGCAGUGGCGAUUUUUGGAUAAAGUUGUUUCAAAUCAUUAUGUACCCCAUAUCGGGGAUUUUGUGCGUAUUGUGUGUGCGCUAUGCAACAAGUACCGGCCAGCACUGGCAUCUCAUGAUCCAGAAGGUGAGAGAAUUGCAUCGUUGAUGCUAGAGAGGAGUCGGCAGGGCAACCCAGUCAAAGAACUGGUUGAAAGAAAACCUUCUUAG